AUGGAGUUUGCCGAGUACAUCGUACCCAAUCCGAUUCGGCAGGCGCGGGAGCAAGAAUCACUCGAUAACAUCAAACAGUACUACGUCAAGUUCCGCAACCAGGACGAGAAAUUAACUGUUAAUCGAUCGAAACAGGUACGCAAAACGGCCGGCUGGUUGACCGGCAGGAUGUCCCAGGAUGGUCACUCGGUAGCGGUACUGUCCGGUGAUCUAACGGUGGAGCAACGGUUGGACGCUCUGGAUCGAUUCCGAACCGGACUAGUGAAGGUACAGAUUAUAACGUACGUUUUGUCCAGGAGUAUCGACGUCGAACAGGUGACCAUUGUCGUCAACUUCGACCUGCCGAUGGAUCAGCAGGGACGAGCCGAUUGCGAAACGUAUCUACAUCGAAUUAGACGCACCGGUAGAUUCGAACGGUAUCACCAUCAACCUAGUGGACAGUGA